GCCGGUCGCCUCACAACGAGGCUAAUCUGGAGGAAGAAGGCCAUCUUGGAUAUCAUUUGUAGUAGUUGUACUUUUUCAGUAUGAGCUUCUUCGGAUUUGGCCAGUCUGCCGAAGUGGAAAUCGAGCUUGCUAACUCCGAAAACCGCAAGCAAGUCGACGUAAAAAACGAAGAUGGCAAAAAAGAGAAACUGUUUUUGUACUACGACGGUGAAACUGUAGCUGGAAAGGUCCAUGUAAACCUGAAAGUUCCUGGAAAAAAACUGGAACAUCAUGGGAUAAAAAUAGAAUUUGUGGGACAAAUAGAGCUUUUUUAUGACCGUGGUAAUCAUCAUGAGUUCACUUCAUUGGUAAGAGACCUGGCAAGGCCUGGAGAACUAACGCAGAGUGCAACAUAUGAUUUUGAGUUUGUAAAUGUAGAGAAGCCUUAUGAGACUUACACUGGAGCAAAUGUCCGACUUAGAUAUUUUCUGCGAGUGUCCGUCAUCAGACGAAUCAGUGACAUAAGUAAAGAGCUUGAUCUGGCUGUCCACACUCUAUCGAGCUUUCCUGAGAUGAACAAUAGCAUCAAAAUGGAAGUUGGUAUUGAAGACUGUUUGCACAUAGAGUUUGAAUACAACAAAUCAAAGUAUCACUUGAAAGAUGUGAUUGUGGGCAAGAUUUACUUUCUUCUUGUGCGAAUCAAGAUCAAACACAUGGAAUUAGCAAUUAUUAAAAGAGAAACAACUGGUACAGGUCAGCAGAUUGUAAAGGUUAAAUUGUGACAGGCCAAUAUUCUGCCAUCUUGAUGGAACAACAGUGAGCGACAAAAGUGCUCAGACACUUCGCAAUAAAAUUCUAUUUUUGAGUGUCUUGGA